AUGAGCACAUAUCAUGUGACUAGGGCGGCAGCCCUAGCGAGGACCCCGAAAGAGGAAUAUCGCACUUUUCUUCGCGCCGGAAGCUCCACUCUGCAACCUUUAAAUCACCCAACUUUCUCUGUCUUGUCAAAGCGAUUCCACGAAUUGCGCCAGGAACUCGCGACAAUGCUUAUCCCUAAGGACGACCGCAAGAAGAUCCACGAGUACCUCUUCCGCGAGGGUGUACUCGUGGCCAAGAAGGACUUCAACCUUCCCAAGCACGGUGACAUUGACACCAAGAACCUGUUUGUCAUCAAGGCUAUGCAGUCUCUGACUUCCCGCGGUUUCGUCAAGACCCAGUUCUCGUGGCAGUACUACUACUACACCCUCACCCCCGAGGGUCUUGACUACCUGCGCGAGUGGCUCCACCUCCCCGCUGAGGUUGUCCCUGCUACUCACAUCAAGCAGCAGCGUUCCCACGCUCCCCCUCGCGGUAUGAUGGGUGCUGAGGAGCGUGAGCGCCGUCCCCGUGCUCCCCGUGAGGGUGGCUACCGCCGCCGCGAGGAGGGUGGUAAGGAGGGUGGUGCCCCCGGCGAGUUCGCUCCUUCCUUCCGUGGUGGCUUCGGCCGUGGCCGUGGUGCCCCCGCUGCUCCCCAGUAA